CCUCUGAUGGCUUGCCAAAGCAAGAUGAGCAUCAGCGCUGGCACAAGAAAGGAGACAGGGUUGCUCAAGAGAAAGGGAAGAUGGUAACACAAAAGAAUUUAAUUAAGUUGGUUGGUUGUAAAUCCACACCCUUGCAACUCUGUGUUUGGCUUGCACAGAUCAAAAUCACAACUGCUAUCAAGCGAGUAGGCCUUGCUUUGUCCUUUUCUAGCAAGAUCUGUUUACAGGAUUAUUGUUAUUACUGUUUUUCUCCCCCCAGUAAAUUGAGAGACAAGAAGCAUUAAUGGCAGCAAUGGAAACAGUAGAGAAGAGGAUAAAGCAAGAGAAGCAGCAAGGAAAAGGAAAGGCAAGGCCAUCUCUAACAACAGCAGCGCAAGGUAGAUCAUGAAAGCAUCUGCUUGGCAGCAGUAGAAGCUGCAGGUGCUGCCUUUAAGCUAGGCAGGCCACACCUGGGAGAAGCAAUCUUCCUCUUCUCCCUCAGCCUCCUACCACAUGCUGGGACCUCAGGUUCAUACUCCCUCCUACUCAACUCUGCUCAUUGCUUCACUGACUGCAGCUGCUGGGGUGAAGGCUGGCACUGGUAACACCUCCAUAUAAGCUGCUGGGGAGAGCAUCUGCAUACACCAGCGUGUUGUUGCUGUCCUACAGCCUGGAGAUUUUCCUGUGUUGACCCAUUUCGUCUCAAAACAGUGUACUGAUGGAUGGGAGCAAACUUUCGUGGUGCUCAGGAGCUCUGUGAGAGGACACACUGCAAGUCUGCAUGCAGGGAUUGAAGGAAUUUUACCCUCCUCAGCAUAAGGGGAUGAGAAGAUCAGGAUAUGACAGCAUGCUGAAUGGUGUAACUAUCAGCAACAACACAGUCCUGUCAAUCCAUGCAGCACGAUGGCUUCGUUUCCUGUCCUCAAGCAAGAGGUGCUGUUCCGGAAUGGCACGUGGAGCUAUCGAAUUCCAGCCCUGCUCUACCUGCCGCGCUUCAGCAUCAUCCUGGCAUUUGCUGAGGAACGAGAGGAUGUGGUGGAUGAGCAUGCCAAGUUCAUAGUGAUGCGCAGAGGCACGUACAACCCAGGCACGCACCAUGUUCAGUGGAGCGGCGUGGAGACCAUUGUCAGUGCACAGCUGGGAGGUCACCGAUCCAUGAAUCCCUGUCCUGUUUAUGAUGAGGUCUCGGGGAAUCUGAUCCUGUUCUUCAUAGCUGUCCCAGGAAAGAUCUCUGAGCACCACCAGCUCAGGACAAAGAUCAACCUGGUACGUCUCUGCUAUGUCACUAGCGUGGACCAAGGACACACGUGGAGCCCCGUCCAGGAUAUCACUGAGAGUACCAUCAGCACAGAGUACAAGAACUGGGCCACUUUUGCAGUGGGACCAGGUCAUGGAUUACAGCUGUCCAACGAGGCCCGGAGCCUUGUGAUUCCUGCCUAUGCCUUUCGUAUCCUUGACCCUCAGCAUCACCCUGUCUCUUAUGCCUUCUGCUUCGUCAGCUCUGACCACGGGAUGACGUGGGAGAUGGGGAACUUUGUGGGAAAAGAGAGUGCAGGGGAGUGCCAGGUAGCUGAGGUACACCGCUGUGGCAUGAAUGUGCUCUACUGCAAUGCUAGGACCACCAGGGGAGCGAGAAUCCAGGCUGCCAGCUACAACGAUGGGGUGGAUUUUGAGGAAGGCCAGCGGGUUGAAAAGCUUGUAGAGCCUCCCUCUGGAUGUCAUGGAAGUAUUGUUGCCUUUCCUCCUCCCCGUGAUGUCUGGUGCCAAGAUAGCUGGUUGCUGUACACUCAUCCUGCAGACCCAAAGGGCCGAAGAGAUUUAGGAAUUUACCUCAACAAAAGCCCUUUAAAUCCAACACGCUGGACAAAGCCAAGCAUCCUCUUCAAGGGCUUGUGUGCUUACUCAGAUCUGCAGUACAUGGGGAUUGGGCCAGAUGGCUCACCCUUGUUCUCUUGCCUCUUUGAAUAUGGGAUCCAUAAGCAAUGUGAAGAGAUAAUCUUUGUAAUGUUCACUUUGAAGCAAGCCUUCCCUUCUGAGUUCUGAGUCUCGAGCUUUUUCACUGGGAUUUUUCUGAAAACCACCUUUGCUGAUGCUCUUUUCACUAUCAGCUCUCAUCUUUCAGCAAAAGAAUUUAUGUAUUCUUUCCACACUGCCAGCUAGGCAUUGUCUUGUAGCAUGUGUACAUCACAAAGUCUAUUAAACGUGCGAAACCUAAACACGUUUGGUCUUGUUUUC